GAUAUGGCGGCGUCAAGCGUGGUUCGGUGUGCUUGUGUCGUCGGUUGUUUUGAACAUUUAGAAACUAGUUGCGGCAUAUUAAACUUUCACGUAGCAUGCUCUGAUAAUGUUAGUUAACGUCGCUUCAAUUCAUCAUCAAUCGAGUGUUCGGGAUCCACCAUAAUGCCCAAGAAGGGACGCAAUCACAGAAAGAAGGCGAGGCGGAGAACUGAACUUGCUUCGCGCAUCGAAGAUGUGAGCGCGGAUCUUUUGAAGUGGAUGACCGCAAACGGCUUCAAACUGCACACGCAGUUGUAUCUCAAAGAAUUUUGCGAAACUGGGAGAGGACUGGCAACGCAACAGAUGCUGUCUGCUGGCGACACUUUUCUUAGAGUGCCAACUUGUCUCCUGAUAACCACUGAGACAGCUUUGUCAAGCAGCUUGCGCGAUUUUGUUAUCAGGAAUCACAGGCAACUCGCACCUAUUGAGGUGUUGACACUCUUUCUUAUGAAUGAAAAGCUCCGUGGCCACGAUUCAGAGUGGCGUUUCUUCAUAAAUAGCUUGCCGACGACAUACACGACACCUGUGUACCUUGGAAGCAGACUGCUUGCCAAACUGCCGUGUGACAUGUUUCGCAGAGCACAGACCCAAGUGUCCAGGAUUCGAAGCACUUUCUUAAAGUUACGGACUUUGCUAACAAAGGAAAACGGCGAUGGCAACUCGCCACUUUCUAGCCUUUCAGAGAACUUUACGUGGUGUCUGUUCGUUUGGGCUUGGACUGCUGUCAACACACGUUGCAUCUUUAGUGAACACAAAACUGGACAUUCUCUUUGGGACGAUGACAAGUGUGCCCUAGCUCCAUUUUUGGACUGUCUGAACCACCAUUGGAAGGCCAGUGUGAGAACUGCAGUUGUGGGAUCCUAUUUCGAAAUUGUUACAAACAACAACUACCAGCCAAAUGAGCAAGUUUUCAUUAGUUAUGGCUCACAUGACAACAGGAAGCUGUUACUAGAGUAUGGCUUUGUGCUUGCCAACAACCCAAAUGAUGUAGUCGUCAUCACAAGAGAGCACCUGUUUAAGCUGCACUCCUGGAAGGCACAGGCAAUUCCACAUUUUCCCUUAAAGCUUUCUUUCCUGGAGGCAAAAAAUGUUGUGAGCGAGUCUUGUGGCUUUACUGUGGAUGGAUUGACAUGGAAUGGGAGAAUUGUAGUGCAAGUACUAUCUCAUCCCAAAGCAUCAAGGUUGGAGUGGAACAAUUUGCUCUUUCAAACUGGUGAAGAGGAACUUGACGAACAACAGUGCCAGUUGGUGGUUACUUUAGUGGAAGCCAUGUUACGCGACUACGGCACUCCACUACCUGAAGGCAAAGACUCGUGCUCACAGACAGUGGCUGCAUUUAUCAAGGAGGAGACUAGUAUCCUUGCGAAGCAGCUUCAACACUAUAUGAGAUAAAUGUGUUCC